UAAUGGUGAAUUUGUGAGAUACAAAAAUUUGCCGAAACAGAAAAAUUCUAAGCCUUUCUUUUUUCCUCAAGAUUCAAUUCAUUCUUCAAGGAAGAAAUUUCAAGAGGUCUUUCUGAGAAUUGUGUACUCCUACCAAUUUUCUGUGUUUGAUCUCCUUUUUAGCCCAUUCUUGAUUCAUUUGACAACAAUUUUCGAGUUCAUGAACCCCCUCGAGCAUGCGAUAUCUCAAAAUGGUGGAGAUCUGCCAAGGGUGGAACUGCCUACCAAUCCCCAUGAUUUGCCAACUCCUGAAUCUUUGGGGCUUGUCUUGCGACAUGCUCAACAGCUUCUAAGUGAUUAUGCCACCACUUCCUUGCCGAGAAUUGUUGAGCGAUUGGAGCAAGAGGGGUGUUCCAGUGAUCCAAAUGUGAGGGCUCAAAUCCAGGAAGAGUUGGUUCAAGUAGGACUUAGUAUGCGACAAUUUGGAGCCCUUCUUCUCGAACUUGGUCGUACGAUCUUGACCUUUCGCAUGGGACAAUCACCCAUUGUGUUUCAAGAUCUCGUUCAAAAGAUUAUAUCUACCAAUUCUGCCACCGAUGUCUUUCGUGCUGUGGCCGAGAGUUCAGCUCGAUUCUCCGGCCAUACUACUGAAGAUAUCGCAAAUGACUUGUGCAGCGAUGACAUACUUGCUAAGGAAUAUAUAGAUAUGUUAGCAACUGAUAUAAGCCGACGGUUGCUAGCCAGUACAGAUCAGGAAUAAUAUUAGUACACAUCUCCAACUGGAAGAAUAUUAUUGCAGAUUCCUGGAUGAAACUGAAGCCACUUUUUUUUUUUUUCCCUUCCUUGAUUUCUCUCUAGAUAAUGCUUCUCCAGCUUUUUAUUUUUUGUUUUAAUUUUUUUUUUUCUCUUGUGCGUUGUCUUCUUAGACAGAUUCUUAUAAUCUCUUUUAUGCCUUAAUCCUAGAUGUUUGGGCCAAGGUCAUUCUACUCAUAAGAGGAUGUAGGUUAAAAUGGUAGAA